CUUGUCUAUAUAAUGUCUCCCAAUCCCAACAUGGUUCAGAAACAAAACCCACCAUCUCAAGCAAAGCAUCAUUCAAGUUCUCUCUCCCUUUACCUCAACAGUACAGCCCCAACCUCUCAAUCCAUGGAAACUAUUGAAAAUAUUGCUGCGGACCAAAAUUACUGCGAGAUGACUAAAAUGUUUUCGAAUGAUGAGCUUAAAAGUUGGACAAUGCAUCAGGCAUUUACCCAGUCCUAUGAAUAUUCAAGCUCGCCGGAAGGAGCUGCUUCAACAGCCUCUAAGACUAUAGUUUCAGAGAGGAAAAGGAGGAAGAAGCUUAAUGACAAGCUUUUGGAACUUAGGGGAGCAGUCCCCAAAAUCAGCAAGUUGGAUAAGGCUUCCACACUCAAAGAUGCUAUCGUCUACAUCCAAGAUCUGCAAGAACAAGAGAGGAGACUUCAAGCUGAGAUAAUGGAACUCGAAUCUAAAAGCUUGAAGAAAGAUCCUGGUUUUGACUUUGAGCAAGAGCUACCAGUCUUGUUAAGACCCAAGAAAACCAGAUAUGACCAAAUUUAUGAUCAUAGGGCGCCCAUAAGUUAUCCUAUAAAAGUUCAUGAACUUAGGGUUAAUUCCAUGGGAGAGAAGACUCUGCUUGUGAGCUUGACAUGUAGUAAAGCUAGAGACGCCAUGAUUAAGAUUUGUGAGAUUUUUGAAUCCAUGAAGCUGAAAAUUAUUACAGCAAAUGUGGCAAUUGUCUCAGGGAUGGUCAAGAAGACUGUCUUGAUUGAGGCAGACAUGGAAGAGAAAGAUAAUCUUAAAAUAAAAAUUGAAAGAGCAUUUUCAGCUGAAAGUGAUCCGGAUAGCCAUUUGAGCAUGCAAUCGAAGUAAGAUCUCUAUUGUCAACAAUGCCUUGGAAAUCACGUCCAAAUAGUUUAAAUGACAUGUUCCUUACUCUUUUCUUUUACCAUGAGAAAAUCUCAUAGUUGUAAAAUGAAAUAGCCAUGUAAUUUCUAUGUUCAAGACUUGUGUUGCCGAUUGCAGUUCAGACUUGUGUUGCCGAUUGCAGUUCAGACUGUGCAAUUCAUCACGUCCAAACAAUCUUUUGUCGGA